AUGGGUAAUAGUAACAAAGCUUAAUAAAAUGUCAUUCAUAUUGAAUUUAUGACUGCAAAAUAAAAAGUAAAGAAGGAUAAAGCCUUAAUCAAAAAUAAAGUUGAUUAAAGCUAAAAUGAACAUCUUUAGGAUAUAAUAUGCAUUUAAGAUUUAACUUAGUAUUAUUAAGUUGAUUUUCGAUAAACAAUACUAACUACAGAUGAAACUAUUCAUGUUAAGGUAAAGUUUAAUAAUAAUAAAAGAAAUUUGUUGAUCUUGUAGUCAAUCCUAAUUCAAAGACACCCAAUAACUUAAUUUAAAUAAGUGAUUUCUUUAAAUAGAAUGUCAAGUCAUUUUAAAUCUUUUUCAAUAAUCAAAUGUUCUCCUAAGAUGAUUAAAAAUAUUAAUUUAAUUAUGAACCACUUUAUAUAGAAGUAAUUUAUAAACCAAAACAUUGGAUGGAAAUGGCUGUAGAAAAAUUUAAGACCUAUAGUAGUAAGAUUAUGUCAGCCCUUGGAUUUAUUUCUAAAUUUGCUUAUAUAGCCAUCCCUUUAUACACAAGUUUAUCUGCUUUAUAACCCUUUUUAAUGCCAACUCUAAAGACAGCUAAAGUUGCUUUGAAAUCAACCUAAAAUCCUCAAGCUUAGAAUGCUUAAAGUGUAGUUAAGUUUUUGAUUAAUACAUUGAAGAGAGCAUCAUUUAUUGCUGCACCUAUAUUAUCUGUUGUGUCAAAAUAUAUACCAAUGUCAAAGACAAUAGUUUCAGGUAUAGGUCUUUAUCUUGGUAAAGGAAUGUUAUGGAAUGUAAUUAAAUUGGGAGUAACUAUAUUUUGUCCCUUUUUGGCUCCAUUACUUAUGAUAUUUGGAUGA